UUUACUUUAGUUUCAAGAUGACACUUCAGGUUAUACACAGGAACUGAGUAAAUCCUAUUUUAAAACUAAAGGUACAAAAGCUAAUCCUCUCAUGAUCUUGCUGCAUUAGACAGAAAAUGGCUCACUUGUAUUUUCAGGUUUGUCUUUUAGUGUUUGUAUUAAAAGUUCCUCCCAGAUGCAGGGGUGGUGAGACUGUGUCAGCUUUUACAGACGAAGACGUGGUUCUGUCAUGUCUAAACGUCAACAUCACGGAUCCAAGCAGUUGCUAUAGAAUGAGACUGGUGAAGAACACAGAUGCCAUGAACCCUUCAGUUAUAUUUGAGUAUCCAAAGAAAUCCCAGGAUGCCAAACGUGUGAAUUUGGAAGCAAACAGGAAAGGUCAAACGUGUGUUUUUUUGAAAACCUCGCAAAGAUCAGAUGCAGGGUCAUACGACUUUGAAAUUUGGAAAGGAUGGGACAAAAUUAUGGUCACACACAUAUCAUUAAAAGUGAAAGACUGCAGAAACCUUAAGCCAGAGGUGGCAAAGCCUGGCCAGAAUGUGAGUCUUAACUGCUCAGUGGAUGGAGAAACGGCCCCUUCAAAUGUCACAUGGGCGAAGAUGAAAGGGAGCGACUCUGUGCCUGUUACUUUGCCAAGGAUUGAAAUGAAGGGUAUAUCCCUGACAAUCAAGUCCGUGUCUGAUAGUGACACCGGUUGGUACAAGUGUGAUUAUAUACUUGGGCAAAGUCGGCGCUGCUCAAAGAUCAAUCUACGUUUUCGGGGUCAUCAAGAAACUGUGUCCAUGACUACCAUGAUUCCAAGAUCUGCAUUUACAGAAACUCGCCAAGGAUCUCUUAACAUUGUUUCGGAGACCAACAGGACAAAAGGAAGUGAAACCUCUAUUCUGGUUGUAGUCCUGACCAUGACCUCGAUUUUCACACUUGCAGCACUAACAGGAGUGUUUAUUUACAAGAGAUACAAAACUCAGAGGAAAUCUGCAGAGUCUGCAGAUGUUUAUGAAAAUGUGAGUCUUCCAUGUUCACCAGAUACUAAAAAUCGAAUCAACAGCUUGUAUGCAUUCCUAGAGGAGAAUGUCUAAGGACUCACCUUUCAAAUCUAGAAAUGUUCUGGCUACUCACAGAGAACACUGAAGAUCUUUCUCUAUUCCCUCAAAAAAAUGAAAUUAAAUAAAAAUAAGACCAGCCUGCCUGGCACCAGGAAACAUGCCACAUUCAGCAUCACAGAAUCACUUUAUUCCUUUACCCCCCUGUUGGUUUAACCUUCAGUAUAUUGUUGUCACCAUGUCUAAAUGGCUAAAUGCAGUGAGCUGCUACAAUGAAAUUGGGUGAUUCAUUAUUUGUGUUAACACAAGUGCACAGGAGUGGCUAACAAAGUUUCCAGUCAGUUUAUUUCAAAUUAUCUAUAUUCUUCAAGUGAAAUGUGUGCUACAUUGUUGUAUUUCAAUAGGCUUUAUUUCCCAAGUGUGCAUGUGAUCUUCUCUUGUGUAUUUUAUUUUGCAAAUCUUGUUUUCUGUGUUGGCAAAUAAAAUUAAUUCAGCAUUUAA